AUGGCAACGACUCAAUCACACGCCACAGAUCUUACUUCAGAGGAGCAACCUGCUAAUCUGGACAUCAUGAAGGAGCAGGCUGUGCCGGCAAACAACGAGACAUCAGGCUCUUUUAAGUCCUCCCAUGAACCUGCAGUGGUAGUCCAUCCAGCUAAAGUUGCUCCAUUGACUGGACCGUACGGUUUAGCUGGUGAUUUUGCUGCUCACUUACCUAGCAGCAUCCUCUCUCCUCAAGCUCAAGGCUUUUACUACAGAGGUUAUGAAAACCCCACAGGCGAGUGGGACGAAUACUCUUCAUAUGUCAAUGUUGAAGGAUUAGACAUCACAUCUCCUGUUGGGUUCAAUGAGAAUGCUUCUCUUGUCUACCAAACCGGAUAUGGAUACAACCCUCAAAUGCCAUACGGACCAUACUCCCCUGCUGCAACUCCUUUACCUUCUGAGGGACAGUUGUAUUCGCCGCAGCAGUUUCCGUUUUCAGGUGGAUCACCUUACUACCAGCAGGUAGUUCCUCCUAGCAUGCAAUAUAUUACUUCUCCAACUCAGCCAGAGCUCACCAGCCUUGUCGGUGUUGACCAUCAAGGUGACAACAUCGGACCACGCCCUUCCUACCAUCCUCAUCCUAUCGGACCGUUUAAUGGAAACCAGCCAAACCUCGGUUUCCCUGAGUGGCAGCAAGGUUUUGAUGGAGGGAUAUGGUCGGAUUGGUCCAAGUCUUCUGAUAUGCACAGACAUUCCUCUCCUAUUUCACCGGCUUUAUCUCCUCAGCCUCUCAGCUCAUAUGGAUCAUAUGGCCAAAACAUUCCUAUGGGAUCACAGAGACAGAGAUCGUUUUACGGAUUUGGAUCUGGUUCGAACUCGUAUAGCAGAGGCUAUAUGCAUGGUGGUGGUCGUGGCCAGGGCUCUAACUAUGGAAGUAGGCUAGUUUCUAACGUUGGAAUGGGAAACCAAGGCUGGAUAGGGGUUGACAACACUCGAGGGCGUGGAAGGGUUACUGAUCCAUCAUCUCUAGGUGGCGGUUAUAACGGUAGUUUUGAUAUCCUCAACGAGCAAAACAGAGGACCAAGAGCUUCAAAGCCCAAGACUCAGAUAUUAGCAGAGGAUCUUGAUUCUUCUGCUGAUAUUAAGAAAAACAGCAAAGGCAGUGCAAAGGAGCUAGAGGAAUCCAACAACAACAAUGGUACGGAGUUUGUCACUGACUACGAUAACGCUAAGCUCUUCAUCAUCAAGUCUUACAGCGAAGACAAUGUUCACAAGAGCAUCAAGUACAAUGUGUGGGCUAGCACUCCUAAUGGCAACAAGAAGCUUGACGCUGCUUAUCGCGAGGCCAUGGACGAGAAAGAACCCUGCCCUGUGUUUCUACUCUUCUCUGUAAACGCGAGUUCUCAGUUCUGUGGUGUAGCGGAGAUGGUUGGACCUGUGGAUUUUGAGAAGAGCGUUGAUUACUGGCAACAGGACAAAUGGAAUGGACAGUUCCCAUUGAAGUGGCACAUCAUCAAAGAUGUUCCAAACAGUCAGUUCCGCCACAUAAUAUUGGAAAACAACGACAAUAAGCCCGUAACUAAUAGUCGAGACACCCAAGAAGUGAAGUUGGAACAGGGUAUUGAGAUGCUUAAGAUUUUCAAGAACUACGAUGCUGACACGUCGAUCUUGGAUGAUUUUGGGUUUUAUGAGGAGCGAGAGAAAAUCAUUCAAGAACGGAAGUCAAGACGACAGCCUGGCUUGCCAUCUGGAGUAGUAGUAGGAGGAGAGAACGAACACAAAGUUGCUUCUGCUGCAUUGCCCACAGACUUCAUCAAGAACAUGUCCAAAAGUUUUGCGCAAGUUGUCCGCUUGGACGAUGGCAGCAAAGAAGCAGGCAAAGCUAGCUCAUCUCCAGAUGGAAUCACAACAGCAGUAGCAGUCGUUUCUUCCGGUUAA